AUGACUUGUUGUUUCAGUCACGUGGUUGGAAAUGGAAGAUCUUUGGAGAACAUUCUCCGUCCAUUCGACACGAGGAUCCAUCCACUGCCGGUUAAAAUUCCAUCACAUAUCGUCAGGGCAAGCGUGUUAAUACCCCUCUUCUGGAAAAAUGAUGAAUGGCAUAUACUGUUGACAAUGCGGGCAUCUAAACUGAGGACACACUCGGGACAUGUGGCGUUCCCUGGAGGAAAACUGGACAGGGCCGACAAAAACGAAACCACUGCAGCACUUCGAGAAGCACAAGAGGAAGUAGGUUUAAAUCCAAAGGAUGUCCGAGUGUUGGCUGUUUUGCCGCCAUCUUUCGUAUCGGCGAAAAUGCUGGUAACUCCAGUGGCUUCUGUUAUUCCGAACGACUUUGUACCACGGGUUAAUAAGGAUGAAGUUCGGAAGGUUUUUGAUCUACCGCUAUCCCGCUUCCUUAAAGAUGAUUAUGUGAUGACGAAGGUUGAACGCCCGGGCGGGAAACUGUGCAUGUAUAGUUUCACGGACAAGAUUGACGGUGAAACUGUGAAAACGUGGGGUUACACAACAUCAGUAGCCAUGAUGGUCGCCAUGGUAAUAUUGAAUUCUGACAUCAAACGUGAAUUUAAGGAAGGCAUUUUUAUUAACAGGGAAAACGCCCUUUCUUCUCAUCAUUCCCAGUUCUCGAAAACACAAGUAAUAACACAUUAG